AGGCUACAAAAGGCCGAGCACCGGGACACCCUGCUGCGGGCGCGCUCUCGGGGCACUCGGAAGGAGGUGGCCGAGCGCUGGGCACAGUCGGCUUGUGGACCAGGAGGGCACGAGACGAUGCUGCGGGUGCGGUGUCUGCGCGGCGGGAGCCGCGGCGCCGAAGCGGUGCACUACAUCGGGUCUCGGCUUGGAAGAACUGUAACGGGAUGGGUGCAGCGAACUUUCCAGAGCACCCAGGCAGCUACGGCUUCCUCCCGGAACUCCUGUGCAGCUGACGACAAGGCCACUGAUCCUCUGCCCAAGGACUGCCCUGUCUCCUCUUACAACGAAUGGGACCCCUUAGAGGAAGUGAUAGUGGGCAGAGCAGAAAAUGCCUGUGUUCCACCAUUCACUGUGGAGGUGAAGGCCAACACAUAUGAAAAGUACUGGACUUUUUACCAAAAGUAUGGGGGCCAUCAUUUUCCCAAAGAUCAUUUGAAAAAGGCUGUUGCCGAAAUUGAAGAAAUGUGCAAUAUUUUAAAAAUGGAAGGAGUGACAGUGAGGAGGCCUGACACCAUUGACUGGUCCUUGAAGUAUAAAACUCCUGAUUUUGAGUCUACGGGUUUAUAUGGUGCGAUGCCUCGAGACAUCCUGAUAGUUGUGGGAAAUGAGAUUAUCGAGGCUCCCAUGGCCUGGCGCGCUCGCUUCUUUGAGUACCGCGCGUACAGAGCAAUUAUCAAAGACUACUUCCGCCGCGGGGCCAAGUGGACAACAGCUCCUAAGCCCACAAUGGCUGAUGAGCUUUAUGACCAGGAUUACCCCAUCUAUUCUGUAGAAGACAGACACAAAUUGGCUGCUCAGGGAAAAUUUGUGACGACUGAGUUCGAGCCGUGCUUUGAUGCUGCUGACUUCAUUCGAGCUGGAAGAGACAUCUUUGCACAGAGAAGCCAGGUGACAAACUACAUGGGCAUUGAAUGGAUGCGUAAGCAUCUCGCUCCAGACUACAGAGUGCAUAUCAUCUCCUUUAAAGACCCCAAUCCGAUGCACAUUGAUGCCACCUUCAAUAUCAUUGGGCCCGGUCUCGUGCUUUCCAAUCCUGACCGACCAUGUCACCAGAUUGAUCUUUUCAAGAAAGCAGGAUGGACCAUAGUUACUCCUCCAAUACCAGUCAUCCCAGAUGAUCACCCACUCUGGAUGUCGUCCAAAUGGCUUUCCAUGAAUGUCUUAAUGCUAGAUGAAAAGCGUGUUAUGGUGGAUGCCAACGAAGUCCCGAUUCAAAAGAUGUUUGAAAAGCUGGGUAUCAGUACCAUUAAGGUUAACAUUCGUAAUGCCAAUUCCCUGGGAGGAGGCUUCCACUGCUGGACCUGCGAUGUCCGGCGCCGAGGCACCCUACAGUCCUACUUUGAUUGACCAGGCCUGCUGGGGCUUGGGGCUUGGCCUCAAAUAAAACUAGGAAGCUUAGGGAUAAGGUUCAUUCUCCUGCUUUAAAAAGUGCAUGAACUGUAGUACUUUAUACAAUCAUAUCCGUAACAGGGGUCUUAAGCCUGGUUUAUUUUUAUUAUUUUUCUUUGAUAAAAGGAAAAUAACCUGUGCUAGAUCUUACUCUCUUCUCCUAAAUAUUUUACUGUUUGGCUUCAAGCAUAAAAAUUUGGUGAAUGUCUACCAAAACAAAAAUUAGUCAUUUGAGUAACUUGGCUACUAAUAUAAUUAACCAUCUACCUCUGUUUUUAAUUUUCUUUCCAAAAGGCAGCUUGAAAUGUUAGUCCUAAUAGUCACUUUUUUUUUCCUUUUUGCUAAACUUGUGAAUGUUUGUAUCACUUCUUUUUUCUAAAUAAAAGACUCAGAAUGUA